AUGGGACCUCGAACAGGAGUCGGUCUCCCCAGCACCUCCUCCUCCUCCCUGGUGCUCUCCAACCCCAAAUCUGUCCUCAAGAGACCAGUGAGCACAGAGGAGCUACAAGAACCAGGAGGACCCUACAUCAGGAAAACCUUCACGAUUGUCGGUGAUGCGGUGGGCUGGGGCUUUGUGGUCAGAGGAAACCGGCCGUGCCACAUCCAGGCCGUGGAGCCUCAGGGUCCAGCUGCUCUCGCAGGGAUGAAGGUUCGCCAGUUUGUGGUUUCAGUCAACGGCCUCAACGUUCUUGAUCUGGACUACCGGAUAGUCAGCUAUCUGAUCCUAACGGGACCCAGAACCGUGGUGAUGGAAGUGAUGGAAGAGGCUGAAAACUGAGAUUAGAGUUACGUGACCUACGUGCGCCCUGCUCGAGUUUUUCCUCCUGCAAAGACGCAACAAUGACAGAGGAGAAGUGUUUGUUAGGAGUUACACAGGGAAGUCUUCUGUUUCUAAACUGUUGCUGAGCUGAUGAUGGGUGCGUUUGUUUUCAGAAGAAACACUUUUAUAUAUUUGAAAGAUGAUUUUGUAAAAUCUGAGUAGCUUCAUCAGGAUGAGUCAGGCUGCGAUCCAGAGAGUUUAUCAGCGACGUGCGAUCGGAUGAAGUGCUGAAAUCUUUCUAUUGAAACCUGUUCAGCCAUGAUAUAUUUGUUCAUACAUGCACUGUGGAUAUUUUCUCCCGUGCAGCACACAUGCUGCAGGGAAUAGUCCUGAUACUUUAAACUACUGGAAAUAAAAAAGCUGCUGAAUGCAGCGUGAGGAGGUGACACACAUGGCAGCGUGGAAUAGCUGCGCUGCUCCGACAUCAUCACAACAAGUUACUAGCAACAAUGUGCUUUGUACUGUAGCAGCUCUUAUAUGAUAUCAACUAAAUGCAGUAAGAAUAACAGUGGAAAGGAGGAAACGUUGGCUGAACGUGUUUAUUUUCAGGCGUUUUGAGACACGUCUGCACGCCGUCGACUUCAGUGACUCCUGACACGAUGUUGACAACAGUUGUUGUUUCUCACUGUGACAGGUUGGACUUUUAACCCCACGCGCCCCCUCACUUCCUCGUCCACACACAAAUACAUUACUUACACAGAAAAAAACACGCCUGGAAACUCUUCCUGCUCUUUAGCCCUUCGUUGUGUUUACCUUUCCAUCCGCUCGUGUCUGAUUCCCAGUAAAGAAGCUUUGUGAAGUAGAUCAACUUAAACUCACUGACGGAGCGGCUGUAACUGCACUGCUUAGUUUCGAAGCCGCUCUAAAGUGUCUCUUAUUCUUUUAUCUUUUUAUACCUGUUUUUAUAACGUGCCUGUGUGAGUUGGUGGGAUGUUCCUCCAUUAAUAUGUAAAGCCUCUCGGCGGGCAGCACUCUGCUCUCUGCGGGAGGAUCCUGGAGACUCGUGAGUCUUUUGGCUCCUCGUCGUUAGCGCCGUUUUCAUGCAGGCAGUUUGAAGGAUCGUUGUUUAAAACAGCAGCUGCUGGAGAUUUUAUUGAGAAACUGAAUUUUUAAAAUGUUUUUCACUUUGUUUCCAACAAAAGAAAUAAUCAAUAUUUAAUGUGUAACUGUAUAAUUUGCUUCAAACUACUGUUUCUUUUAUUUGUUCAUGUUUAAUUGCUUGCAUUUCAGUUUUGUUGUGACUGUAAGGAAGCUUUAAUUAUUAAUGCUGAAUACAAAUAAAACCCUUCA